AUGAGAUUUAAAUUGCUGUGUCUGUCUGAGCAUUGGAUGUGCCUGGAUGAUCUGAAACUUUUUAAAAUUGCUGGAUAUGAGUUGGUAGCCUACUUCUGUCGAAGUGAGUUCCAGUGUGGUGGGGUUGCUAUUUAUAUAGACACAUCUGUGAUUGCCCACUUUGCAUGCAUUGACAUUUCUAUGCACUGUGUUGAAAAAGAGCAUGAAUUCGCAUGUGUAUCCCUGUUGCAUGCGAAGUUAUACAUUAUUGCAGUCUAUCGGUCACCAGCUGGUUGCCUUCAAAAUUUUUUCAACUCGCUUGAGGGACUUGUUGUUCAGCUAGCUAGCUUAAAUCCAGGUUUUAACAUAAUUGUUGGCGGUGACUUCAACAUUGACGUGUUGAAGGCUGACCACAGGACAAGGGAGUUUAUUAACCUAUUGAGAUCUCUGGACCUCUAUGUGGCUAACUGGCAGCCCACUAGAUUUGAUGCUUGCCUCGAUAAUGUGAUUACUAAUCUGAACAUUGGCAAUAGCAUUAGUUGUUCAAUUGUAAAUCCUCUCCUCAGUGACCACCUGGCACUCGGCUGCAAUGUGGAAUUGCCAACUUCCACCUACCCUGCCUCUAUACCUGCAGGGCGUGAUCGACUCACUUGGGUGCGACCCAUCACACAGGAUGGACGCGAGCGUUUUCUGCAUUAUCUGACUCUGAUUGACUGGAGCUUUCUGAAGGAUCAUCCUGAUGCACAGCCCAAUUUCACGGCGUUUUUUGAUAGACUCCUGACUGGCUUCAACAACUGCUUUCCACUAAAACGUUUCCUCUCUGGAAGGCCUGGUAAACGUGGUGCACUGUGGAUUACGGACGACCUUCUUGACUUGAGAGACCUGGUUCUUAUGGCGUAUGAGCGGUUUCGGGCUGAUCGACUCCUGUCCUCUAAACGGACCUACAUGGGACUGAGGAGAUCAUACCAGCGGGCUGCUCGUGCGGCCAGGAUGCGCUACAACUCUGAGCUGAUUGACCGGGCACCCAAUAGGUGUAAAGCUGCCUGGGGUAUCAUCAGGGCCGCUGCGGGUGUACCAGCUCCUGGUGCUGUUCCGGUAUCUGCGGAUGAUCUUCACGACGCGUGGACCAGCUCUAUUCGCGGUAUCUGCGAGGGGAUCCGAGCUUCCCCUGUGGUGGCGGCGGAUCUGCUCUCGGCUUCGGUUCGGCCCCCCGCUCUUCGGCUGUUGACCUGGCGCCGUAUUACUUGUGAUGAUGUCACUCGAGUUGUGAACUGUUUGAGCAACUCGGCUAGUAAAGACAUUUAUGGUAUGACCAGUGCUACUAUUAAGGAUGUACUAGCUCUUAUUGUCUCUCCCCUGACUGUUUGUAUUAAUCUGUGUUUCCAGCAGUCUGUAUUUCCUUCUCAACUUAAAAUUUCUAAGACAGUGCCUGUCUUUAAGAAGGGUGAUAGGCAUGAUCCUACUAACUAUAGGCCUAUAUCCAUCCUGCCUAUUAUAUCGAAGAUUUUUGAAAUUCUUAUUGCUGAGCAGCUCCUUGCUUAUUGUGACCAGUGCGGCCUGUUUGCGACCACCCAGUUUGGUUUCAGGAAAAAUAGAUCCACCACUGAUGCAGUAGAUUUCCUGCUUUCCAAGAUAUUUGAUUGCUUUGAGGCACGUGGACUUGCUGGGCUCACCUUGUGUGAUCUCAGCAAGGCCUUUGAUACAAUGGAUCAUGCUAUUCUCGUGGACAAGCUUAGGCAUUAUGGUGUGGGACCGUCUCCUCUCAAACUGAUUCAGGCCUACCUGGGGGGUCGCAGACAGGCGGUGCUGGCUAAUGGAGUUCUCUCUGAGAUCAGGGAUUGUGUUGACUGUGGAGUGCCUCAGGGCUCUGUCCUGGGGCCUCUGUUGUUUCUUAUUUCAGUUAACGAUAUAGCUCAGGUGGAUGGCAGGUGCGUUGUCUGUUAUGCGGAUGACACCACCUUCUUCAAUGCUGGUCGUGAGAUGGGAGGACUGAGGGCAGCUAUGGUGGAGACUGGAGCAUUUGCAUCGGACUGGUUCUCUGCCAAUCGCUUCCUCCUCAAUGAAGACAAAACUCAGUCUAUUGUGUUCAGUCUCAGAAAUGGGAAUGAAUACAAUUUUGCGCCUGUCAAACUGUUAGGGUUUACCCUUGACAGGAAGCUCUCAUGGGGCGAGCACAUUGAGACAGUUUGCGCCAGGUUGAGCAGAGUGGUUUUCCUGCUGAGGGGUCUCAAACACAGUGUGCCACCUCAUUAUCUUAAAAUGUGUUAUUUUGGCUUUUUUCAGAGCGUGAUUUUAUAUGGCCUCCCCCUCUGGGGUGGUGCCACAGAUGUCGCCCGAGUCCUUCGUCUCCAGAAGAGGGCCCUGAGGAUUAUUUGUGGGGCUGGUAGAUUAGCCCACUGUCGCCCACUCUUUAUCAAAGAGAGGAUCCUCACCGUCUUCUCCCUCUAUGUUCUCCAUACCCUUUGCAGAACACAUGCAAACGUGGGGUUGCUCGUGACCCGACAGAGCUUCCACCCAUAUGAGACUAGGGGUAGACUCAGGCUGGAUUUACCCUACCAGAGGCUGAGCAGAACUCGGACUGGUCUGGCUCAUAUGUCUAUCAGCCUCUAUAAUAGGCUGCCUCUGUUGGCCAGGGAUCUGCCUGCGGUGCGGUUUCGAGGGGCUCUGAGGAGCCUGCUGACAGAUCACCCUCUGUACUCACUCCGUGAGUUCUGUAUGUUGGAGAGCAGUGUGGUGAGUGCCUAUUUUCGUAUUUGA